AUGAUUUGCCCAUCUUCGUGCUAUUUGAAACGGAAACAUGUUCAACAUGAACAUGAAAAGAAGAAGUUUGUGUGUGAUCAGUGCGAAAAAUGUUUCAGUAUCAAAGCGGAUUUGGAUCGUCACAUUUUGACCCAUUUGCCAGUGAAGGCUCGCAAGUAUCAGUGCAAUAUAUGCCAGAAGAAGUUUACACAGAACAGUCAUCUUACUGAACACAAGCGUAUUCAUAGUGGAGUACGGCCUUAUAAAUGCGAAGUAUGCUCGUUGAGUUUCCGUUUUUCGAAGUCCAUGAAACGUCAUCGAAUGCUUAAACACUUUAAGAAUGAAGACAAACAUGCAAAAAAUACACUACCCAAGAAUACUGUGUAAUAGUGAAAACUUCAUGUGUGAUUAUUGUGGAAAAUGCUUCAG